AUGAGUGGAGCGGAUGUACGUGUUUGGGUGGACCGCUGGCUUCCAUCAUUACCUGUGGGACAUCCUGUUCCGAUUGGGGAGGUUGCGGAUGAAUCUGUGGAGCAUCUAUUCCUCAUGUGUCCGUGCGUUGCAGCCAUUUGGUUUGGUGGUGCUCUUAAUUAUCGGUUGGAUAGGGAGGGUAUCACUUCGUGGGCGAAUUGGUUGCAGGCUGUGUUCAAUCUUUCUCUAGGGUAUUCGGCUGAGGUAACGUGGGUUCAAUCUUAUGUUGCUUUUACUUGUUGGAGUAUUUGGAAAGCUCGUUGCAACUUUGUUUUUAAUCAGGUCCCCGUUCAUCCUAUGUCCGUCUUGAGGGAGGUUGCCUUUGCUGUCGGGUCUUACUGGGAGGCCGAGGGUUUGUCGCAGAUUGAAAAUUUGGUGGGUCCUGCUCGGCAGUGUUUAGUUCCUCGGUGGAUCCCUCCAACCUCUCCUUUCUUUAAAAUCAAUGUUGAUGCUAGCUGGUCUCAGGGGUCUAAAUCGGGUUUUGUUGGGGUGGUUAUGCGGGCGGAGGGGGGGAGUUUUGUGGCGGCUGCGAGGUAUGCUAUCUUGUCCCCCAGUGUUGCUGCGGCUGAGGCUUGUGCGUUAUUGCGUGGCUGUGAAUUGGGUUCCGCUUUGGGCUGUAGCUCUGUCAUUUUGGAGUCGGAUUCUCGUGAAUCCAUUUCUUGUCUUUCUGGCAAUUUGGAUUCUGGCAGUUGGGAGGCUUUUCCUAUCUUGGCUCGGGUCAAGCAGUUGAGUGAAGCUUUCCAGUUCUGUCGCUGGUCUUGGGUUCCAAGAUUAGCGAAUUCUUUGGCGGACUUUCUUGCGUCGGUUGGCUGCCCGGAGAUGUGUGAUCGGGUUUGGGUUGACAGACCCCCAUCUUCGUUGGUGCACGUUCUGAAUAAGGAUGGUCUUCCUUGUCCGCCUUGA